UGUAAAUGUUUGUGUUUUACACCGUUUAUUUUUUACGUAUCCUCUAAAAAGGCAAUGGAAUUUCUGUCUCCGAUACUGAAGUCUUCGCACAAUUUUUUCUGUGUAAAUUGUCUACCCAAACCAGAUCCUGCGAAGCAACGGGUGUUCUAUCGGGAUGAAAGCUUGUUCAACAAUUUGGAGUUUUUGUCCAUUUUCAAGGGUUACGAAUACUCAAAUCCGUAUGAUGAUAGAUAUUUUAGCACGGACAGAGUCAUUAUAACGGAACAUGCAAAAAUCUAUCCUGAAAUCAGAAAAAUGGCCACCAAGCCGAAGCCGUUUCCCAGGAAGUUGAAAACAUUGUUGAAAAUUUUCCCUGCGGUUCAUCGUCUGCCUUUUAACAAGUAUUUGUCCUUGGUGGACAUGUACGAAGAUAUCAUUCGAAAGGAGAACGAAAUCCGCAGUUGCUAUCGCGACAGAAGUUUAAAUACGAGAUUGAGCGAUAAAUUUGAUAUUAUGGUCGAUCGCACGACGCUACACUUGAGAAUUUCGAGCCGUACGGAGAGAAAAUCGCAAGGAGAUUCGGCGAGUCAAAAAUCUUCCUCGAUUGAAAGUUUUCUGACUGAUAUUUUGGUGGCACGAGACCCACCAUCUUCAUCGUCGAGUUCUAGUUCGAUGACAAGGGCAAGUCCACCAGAGUCCUUAGGAAUAACAGACAGUGAGCCUGGCAAUGUGAGCUCUCAGCAAUAUUCUACCCAGGAUUCGUAUGUAUGGCCGGAAAGUCCUAGGCCCUCGAAUGUGACAUUGCAAAAGUCUCCUAGAGGAAUGUCCUUAGAAUCAACAGCUCAAACUCACAGGAACCCGGAAGAGGGUGAGUUUAGUGGAUUCCGACGUCCACGGCCACAGGAAGAUAAGGAAACGACUUCUGCAGCCAAACGCCGACGACUGUCUAUCCCCAUGAAUCCAACUCCACAGGAGAUACAGUCCGGUCCUCCACGUACACAGGGUGCAAGAGUGCCGCGCGUUCCAGGAGGAUGA